AGCGCCGGGCUGGCGAUGGUGGAGGGCGGAGGGUGCGGCAAGGCGGGCAGCGCAGCAUGGCGGGGUUCCGGGUCCGGCCGUACCGCGACGAGGACUACGAGGCGGCGCGGGAGGUCUUCGCCACCGCCAUGAGCGAAUACGCGCCGGCGCUGUGCCUGCACGUCCUGCGGCAGCCCUGGGUGCUGCUGGUGCUGGGCUGCGCCUUCUGCCUGCUGCUGGCCAGCGCCCGCUCCCUGCUGCUGCCCGUGCUGGCGCUGACGCUGCUGCUGGCGCUGGGCCGCCAGGUGCUGGGCUGCGCGUGGCGCGCCUACAUCGAGCGCUGCCUGGGGGACGACCUGAGCGACAUCCGCCGCGCGUACAUGGACGGCCCCGGCGCCCGCUUCUGGGUGGCGGAGGCGGACGGCCGCGUGGUGGGCACGGUGGGCGUGCGGCCGGCAGGCGAGGCGGGGCUGCUGGCGCUCAAACGGAUGGCGGUGCGCAAGGAUUACCGGGGCCGGGGCAUCGCGGCGGCGCUGGGACGGGCGGCGCUGGACUUCGCUCGGCAGCAGCGCGGCUGCAGGGCCGUGGUGCUCAACACCAUCAUGCUGCAGCACGAGGCGAAAGCCCUCUACGAACGCCUGGGCUUCCACCGGCAGCGCCGCUUCGUGCUGCCCACCGCCUACGGCCGCCUGGCCAACUGCACCGUCACCGCCUACCGCUACGACCUGCCCUGAGCGGCCACGGCCCGGAGCGCCCGGCUCGUGCCUUAGCCGGGCCGCUGCUGCCCCGUGGGAAUGGAGGGGAUGGAGAGAGCUCCGAGCCCGAACCGCGCUGGAGAUGCUUUGUGGGGGUGCAGGGACGGCGGUGCCGUGGGGCUGAGCCGUGCGCACGGAGCCCCGUGGGGACCCCCAUCCCGUUCGGACGAGCCAUGCUGGUGAAUCCCUAUGGGAACCCCUGUGCUGUGGGGCUGAGCCGUGUGCACGGUGCCCCCUGGGGACCCGUUUGGCUGAGCCAUAUAGACUGCCCAUGGGGAUCCUCAUCCCAUGCAGCUGAGCCGUGUGGGCGAUGCCCCAUGGGGACCCUCAUGCCAAAUGGCUGAGCCGUGCUGGUGAACCCCUUGGGGACACGGGGAUCCCUGUGCCAUGUGGCUGAGCCGUGUGGAUGAUGCCCCAUGGGGACACGGGGACCCCCAAGCUGCGUGGUGCCAGGCUGGGGACGUGCCCCCCUCCCCACCCCCAGCCACGCUGCUCCUCAGGCCCGGGGGGCUCAGCCUCCCUGUGGGGCCCCGACACCCCCACACCUCCCCAGCUGAGUGGGGACCCACAGAGGGAUCCCCGUCCGUGUCCCCUCGCCGUGCUGGGGUCGGAUUUGCGCCUGCCCCUCUUAACGCUGCCAUAAUAAAAGAGCAUCGGAGCGCUGA